UGGGCGCGGGAUGACAAGUAUGACAGAAGAGGAGAUAGAGACGGAGAGAAAAGACAUUGUGGAACGAUUUGGCACUGGCGUUGGUGAUUUACUCAAGACUGUCGAGGAGGCUAUGGAACGAAGGUUGCAGGGGCAGCUUCAAGGCUUUUCGCCCUUUGAAUCAUUAAGUUUGCGCUUGCCAUACCUAAAUUUAUCGAUACAACUUCGAUGGGCUCCUCGCAAACACCCUCUAUACGAUAUUAAGGAGCCACAUGCUAUACUCUUGAGUCACUUGACAAGCAGCAUUCGUCCACCCAGCAGGAGUCGUCGGUUAAGCCUCUUACCCAUUCUCUCUCUCUCCUCCAUCCCCAGAUCCAGAUACGUCAAAUGGACAUUAUCUCGCUUGGUACCUGGAAAGGAAGAUACUGACUUAGCUACCAUCCGAUUCGAGGGAGAGAAUGUUCUCUGUAUCUAGCCCGCUCAAUUUUCAGCUUUUACGAUAAUAAACAUACCCGUGUAAUACGCCAACUUACGCCUAGGUCUGUCUUGCGCUACGCUUCGUGAGCAUCCUCAAUGUUUAGCAAUGAUCUUACAUUGGCGGUGUCUGUAACGCCCCGCUGCGAUGAUACACUGAAAUAUGGUCUUAGGGUACGCAACAUAGAUCUAAACCGGGGAUUAUGUUCAGUUGUGCGCUGAAAAUAUCUCUACUCCAAAGAUCCAUCUGAUUCUCCCCUGGAUCUUGAUUGUAGCUG